AUGGGCUACUCCUCCAUCUUUGUCCCAGACCUUCCCGGCUGGGGCUGCUCCUCCCGCCCCACAUUUCGGGGUCAACAGGUCGGCCAUGCCGUCGAGUUUUUCCUUACCCCGCUCGUUACAUGGCUCGACUCGCUUUCGCUUGCUCAAUUCACUCUCUGUGGCCACUCUCUCGGCGCUUAUUUGGCACAUGAAUAUACAUCCAGGCAUCCCGCCCGAGUGCGUCGCCUGAUCCUGGCCAGUCCGGCUGCCAUCACCCGACACACUCCCGUCUCGCUCGCUGCGUGGUUCUCUUUCACGCCGCAGCGUUUCAUGACACAUGGCGGCUUGCUCGCCCAUAUUUUCUUCGCGAUGCGCUACCCCACAGAUCCGGCGUACAACGUCUUGGGGAUGCGUGAGCUUACCUUGUUCGUCAACUCCGUUGCCCAUCAGAGCGGCGACGCUGCUGCUGCUAAGAUGCUCCGCUUCUGUCGUGUCGGACCCACCAGAUGGCAGGCCGAAUGCGUCAGGCCCUUGUUAGAGCGCGUCGCGAGGUUAGAGUGCCCAGUUGAUCUUAUCACAGGGGACAAUGAUGCUCUCGUUCAUGUCGAGGCCGUCCGGACAUUACACAAGGCACUUGUUGCUGUUGGGAAUGAGGCUAGGCUUAAUGUCAUUUCCGGAGCCGAUCACUCCCCGCAUAUCUGCGCACCUGAUCGGUUUGCUAAAGCCAUCAUGCGGGGUAUGGAGCCUGCGAUUGCAGGCGCCAAAGCUGUUGCUUCGCCGAGUCGGCUGAUCAAGGCUUAA